AUGAUUGAUUUCCCUCAAAACUACCAGAUAACACCCACCGAUACAUCACCUACACCCUCCGUCGCCAACACAUCAACAUCACCCACCGUUCCUAGAUUUUUUAUUUCUUCUGUCUUUCUUUUUUCGCGAUCGAUUGCUCCUUUUCUUUUGCCUCUCACGGUGUUUCUCUUCUGCUCACAAAUUAACACCGCCCCUCCAACCGGGGUUGGGUUAGACCGCCAAAGCUCCACCGACUUGCUUCAACUGAGACGUUUCCCAUCUUCGCUACCGCCAGCCCCACCUACUCUAACCUUGCGCAUCUUCACGCCGACCGCCUCAGCGUACAGUAUCCAGAUGAUGCUACCGACGACGCCUCCGCCUCCGCCUUCCUUUCACGCUGUUAACGCCACUCACUUCAGAAAACUCUAA